CACACUCUCACCCACUCACAGCUGAUGAUCAUCAAUCACUCCGGUAAUUAAUCACCAGCCUAAUCUUUUCUCCUCGUCUCACCCCCUCCCCAGCUAUAAGUAGCACCGAGUUCUUCCUCUCUGAUUGCUCAACGACAAGUGGUCAACACACAUCAAUCAAUUAACCAUCGGCGAGCAGAAGAAGAGCAGAGGCUCAGCUAGCAGGCGAGAGAGAUCAGCGAGCAGGAUGGCUGGGGCUGCAGGGUCGUCGUGGUCCUCUCUGCUCCUCGCAGCGGUGGCGGUGGCGCUCGCCGUCGCCGCAGCGCCGUCGCUCGCCGGCGACCCGGACUACCUCCAGGACAUCUGCGUCGCCGACCUCAACUCCGAGGUGAAGGUGAACGGGUUCCCGUGCAAGGCGAACGCGACGGCGGACGACUUCUUCUCCGGCGUGCUCGCCAGCCCCGGCGCCGCCGCCAACACCACCACCGGCGCCGUGGUCACCGGCGCCAACGUCGAGAAGGUCCCGGGCCUCAACACCCUGGGCGUCUCCCUCGCCCGCAUCGACUACGCCCCCGGCGGCCUCAACCCGCCGCACACCCACCCGCGCGCCACCGAGGUCGUCUUCGUCCUCUACGGCGAGCUCGACGUCGGCUUCGUCACCACCGCCAACAAGCUCCUCUCCCGCACCAUCUCCCAGGGCGACGUCUUCGUCUUCCCCCGCGGCCUCGUCCACUUCCAGAGGAACACCGGCGACAAGCCCGCCGCCGUCGUCUCCGCCUUCAACAGCCAGCUCCCCGGCACGCAGUCCAUCGCCGCCACGCUCUUCGCCGCCUCGCCGGCGGUGCCCGACGCCGUCCUCGCCAAGGCCUUCCAGAUCGACGACGAGGAGGUGGACAAGAUCAAGGCCAAGUUUGCCCCCAAGAAGACCUAGACGAUAUAAGAUUAUAAGGCGACGUAUACAUUGGAGAGAUUUGAGGUUUCAAACUUAUCUUAAAAUUUGAAUUGAUUUGUCUGUGAUUUGAUGAUUAACUAUAUGUACUUGUCGAUGAUAUAAUGCCAUCUUGAUGACACUUAUUUGUGUAAGAGCGACAUGCAAAAUGUAGUAGUAAUAGAGAAGUUUCUUGUAAUAAGUUGCUGGGGAGAACGAUGAUGAUUUGUUAAUGAUUAGUACAAUCAUUUUGGCUGGAAGAUGAGGAAGAUUCUAUCUGUGAACCA